GUGUGAGUGUGUGUGUGUGUGUGUGUGUGUGCGCGUGUGCGUGCGCGCGGCCCGUCGGUGUCACAGUAUUUGCCGUCCCGGCCGCUGCAGGGCGCAGCUCCGUCACUGCGGACCGACCGACACAAGCGGAGCGCGGAGGCGCGCAGAUCCUCUCCAUCCUCCGCAGUCUCCAGUCUGGACCCGGCGAAGGAACUGACCCGGGCCGCGGCUGCUUUUUCCAAUCGACGCGGGAACACAGCAGCAUGUGAAUGGCGGCAGCAAGCGGCAAAGUUGUCACAGAGGAGCAGGAGGAGCUGCCAGCCCCCGGAGCCGCCGCUCACGCCCCACGCGCGCACACCCGGAGCCAGAGCCACAUCCAGUUCCAUCCCUCGACCUGCACCACCCAGUGGCCGACUCCUCGCACCGUUGCUCACACGAGGAGUCACAGCCACACUCACUUCAGCACUCCCCCCGCGCAGACGCAGCCCCAGAAGUACGGCUGUCGCCUCACACACAGCCUCUCGGCCAUGACCAAAGGGGAGAGGGCAGCGCAGGGCCCUGUGGGGAAGCUCAGCAAGCCCACCGAGCCGCUGUUCCCCAAAACUCCUCAGCAGACCGACUUGAGCCAGAAGUUGCCACUAUGCAGUAAGUUGUGUUUCGCCAUCGGCGGCGCGCCAAAGGAGGUGGCCGCCAGCGCCACAGCCUUCUACCUGCAAAUCUACCUGCUCGAAGUCGCUCAGAUCACGGCCUUCCAGGCCUCCAUGGUGCUGCUCAUCGGUCGGGCCUGGGGUGCAGUGACCGACCCCAUUGUCGGCUUCCUGAUUACAAAGAGCAGAUGGACCAAGAUCGGCAGACUCAUGCCCUGGAUGGCAGGUUGCACUCCGUUUCUGGUGGUCUCCUACUUCUACCUCUGGUUUGUUCCUCCCUUCAUCAGCGGCAGGUUCAUCUGGUACCUAGGCUUCUACUGCCUCUACCAGACCCUCAUCAAUUGUUUCCACGUGCCUUACUCUGCUCUCACCAUGUUCCUGAGUACAGACCAGAAGGAGAGAGACUCAGCCACUGCCUACCGGAUGACAGUGGAGGUCCUGGGGACACUCGUGGGAGCCGCCAUCCAGGGCCAGAUUGUGGCCAGCGCUCACACCUUGAAGCACUGCCCAACUCACAACGUGUCUGCCGGUUACCUUGGCAACAGCAGCGGGGCAGAGAUCGUCAAGAGUCUGGUGCACUCCCAGGACUACCUGUCACACGCUAAGGAGGUGUACAUGAUAGCGGCCGGCGUUAUUGGAGGAGUGUUUCUCAUCUGCACCAUGGUGAUGUUCCUGGGAGUCAAAGAGAAAGACGAUCCGUACGGCCCGAGGACGGAGAAGCAGAUCCCGUUCCACCGGGGCUUCAUCCUGGUGAUGAGACACGGGCCGUACCUCGCCCUGACCGCCGCAUUCCUCUUCAUCACUGUUGCCAUUCAGCUGAUACAGAGCAACUUUGUCCUCUUCUGCACCUACGCCGCCGACCUGAGGGAUCACUUCCAGAAUAUUGUGCUGACCAUCCUGGUUUCCGCUGUGAUAAGCAUCCCACUGUGGCAGUGGUUUCUGCAGAGGUUUGGCAAAAAGACGGCGGCCUUUUGUGGUAUCACAUGGAUCAUGCCCUUCACCUUGAUGCUGGUGUUCAUCCCUAAUGUGGUGGUGGCCUACGUCGUCGCUGUCUCCUCUGGACUGAGCGUGGCUGCCUCGCUCCUGCUGCCGUGGUCUAUGCUGCCAGAUGUGGUGGACGACUUCAGGCUGGCCAACCCCUACUCUAAAGGCCACGAAGCCAUCUUCUACUCCUUCUACGUCUUCUUCACCAAGUUCGCUGCCGGCAUCUCCCUGGGCGUGUCUACUCUCUGUCUGGAGUUUGCAGGGUAUGACACCGGCGCCUGCAAGCAGCCCGCUGCUGUAGUGUACACCCUGAAGCUGCUGAUCGGUGCCGCUCCGGUGGUGUUCAUUGUGACGGGGUUAACCAUCCUCCUCCUCUAUCCCAUCAGCGAAGAUGUGCGGCUCAGGAAUAAACUCUGCCUGGAGGAACUGCGGAAACACAGCAUCAGCUCCAGAACUACGGAAGAUUUGAAUAACGUGUGACCUGGCUCUCGCCUGGAGUGAACUUCAUAAAGAGGCCACAUAUUCCAGUGACUCGGCUGGAAGUUUGUUGAUUGGUGUAUAUUACACUGAUAAAUAGUUAAAAAUUGUUUUAAUGUAAACAUUCUUUGUUGCAUUUUCACAUGUACUGGAUAGUCUACUUGGAUAUAUAAAUAUAUGAUAAGAUUACCUAAUUUAUAUAAAUGAAUGUAUAUUAUUAUUUUGCUG